AUGGUCAACUUGCAUGAUCUGGCCAGUAAGGGAGACUUGGAGGGAGUCCGCAAGUUCCUGGCACGUUCAGCCGCGAAAAUAAACAAUACGGACAAGGCAGGACAAACGCCUCUCCAUAUUGCAGCAAAAGGAGGUCAUGUUGAGGUCUGUCGGGAACUACUUGCGUCCGUCGCGAGCGUGGACAUCGAGGACACCAAGCACACCACACCUCUACUGCUCGCUGUAGAGAACAACAGAGCCAAGGUGGCGCAAGUUUUAUGCGAAGCAGGUGCAUCGACCAGCGCCGGCCUGCAAACUUCAGACGGUCGGUCACCACUGCACAUCGCGGCGAACAAAGGAUUCGUCGAGUGUGCAGAAGUCCUGCUGCAGCACGGCGCACCGAUUGACACGAGUCGUAACAGGUGGGGUAACCUCCCCGAGGAGGACUGCGUGGUGUCCGAAAUACGUACACUGAUCGCGGCGGCGCGCCAAGAGCGCGAUGCCGCCGGUCCCGUUGCCGGUGUUGCUGGCAGCUCUCCGUACAACCCGUACGCGGCGUCGGCGCCACCGCCGAUGGAAGAGCGGAAGGAGGGAGUCGGCUUUCCUCCGGGUUGUUCUUCGCCACAGGCUCCGCCGUCGUUCGAAAAGACACACACAAGCGGGACACAAGAGAGACGUUCGUUGGGGGAGAGAGACAUGGCGUCGACUUCCGGCGAUGCUCCUGUCGGCGCCAAGGCUGCUCGUGGUCGAGGGGGGGCGGGAUCUAGGCGAGGGAGCGCUAGCAGCGGCGGUAGUGCUCAUCACGAUGUCGUGGAUCUGUCUACUCUGGAUAACAGCAGCGCGGGCUCGGAUGGAUCUGACGCUGAUGGUGCUUCUGGGACGGAGAAGAAAAAAGGCGGCGGAGGUGAUACGGGGAAGCACAAGAACGGUGCCGAUGAUGCUGAGGCAAAGAAACGAGAGCAGAGGGCAAGGGCGAAUGAGCGAAAGAGGGAGAGACGAGCGGAAGUCAGGGCUCAAGCCUUGGCCAAGGAUACUUCCACCAACAACGGCGACAAGACCACGGACAAGCUUCCGCCGCUCCGGGUGGCCAUCAACAGCCCCGGGAUGGGUUGGCUCCAGCCCGUGAGAACUUCUUCAGCCCAAGGGGGCGGUAGCGGCGGCGGCGGCGGUAAGAAAAAGGCUUCUUCUCCCGCGACGGCGGCGAGAGCGGCGGCAAUGGAGGAGACCGCCGACGCCUCCGCAACGGCGGCGGCGGCGGCGGUGGCCGCGUGCUCCCCCAAGUCCAAGGCUCGCAUCGAGCGCGUGGCUUCGGCGGCGGACGCUAUCGCCGCCAGGGUGUCCUCCGGAGCCAUGGGCGGUGGCGGCUCCUUCGGCGGCGGGGGAGCGAAUAGCAAUGCGACGCAUGGCGUUGGCGGUCCUUGGGCCCAUGCCGCGGGAGUGAAGAACGUGGCCGGAGGCGGAGGCACUGCGGCUGGCUUUUUCGCGAAAAGCAUCACCCCCAUGUGCCCGGAGGCUGUGAAGGCGCUGCUCGCGGACCCUGAGAAGUCGAAAACGUUCCUCUCCAACCUGCUGGGGGAGAGUGUCCGAGAGGUGGAAAGCGCGAAGCGCAAGCGCGAUCAGGUCAACGGGGAGAGGAAGCGGCUCGCGAGAGAUCGCUCCAAGGCUCACCAGCGCCACAACGCCAUCCUCGAGCGACGGAAGCAGCCCGUCCUGCCCGUGGACGACGCCCUCUUGGGAAACCUCAAGCCGCCCGAGGAGGGGACGCUUGCCGCGCCUCCCCUGGUGCUGAAGAAGCUCAGCAUCGCGACGAACGUGGCGGGGCCCAUCCUCCGCGCCUGGGAUUUCCUCCACCUUAACUCUCAGACGAUCAUGCUCACCCCCUUCGGGCUGGACGAUUUCGCGGACUCGCUGCACUACGGGGCGGGGGCGUCUGUGAUGGUCGCGGAGGUGCACACGCGUCUCCUUAGCCUUAUCUUCCGCUCCAAGCUCGGGCCCCCAAGCGGCAAGGGCAAGGGGAGCAGCGGCGGCGGCGGCGGCGGCGGCAGCGUGUCCAGGUCGCAACAGCGUCCUCGGCGGACUACCAACGGGGGAGGGGGGGAGAAGGAAGGGGAGGAGGAGGAGGAGGUGGUGGAGGAGGGGGUGGAGGGGGAGGACGCGUGGAUCAUGGCUCUUCUACCUCCCAGGACUAACAAGAACGAGCAACACGACAACGCCUACAACCUGGUGACGGCCCUCACCUGGCAGACGGUCUUCGCUCUGGCGCUGCCCCACAUGGCCCCAUACGCUCGCGCGGUGGCCCCGCCCACCCCUAUCCUGGGUUCCACGGCCCUGUGCCUCGCGGCCGCGCCCGCCGGCACGACGGAGUCGAAGCGAGGCUCUAGGGUGGCCCUCAGGGCGGCGGAGAGGGUGGAGGCGGACAGGGUGGCUCGCGGGAAGGCCCUGAUGCGCGCCCGGCGCAGCCUGCUGGAGAGGGAGUACUGCUCUAUCCCGCUUCAGGAGAAGGCCUUGCUGCUCGAGGUGCUGGUAGACACGGCCUACGAGACCAAGCGCAUCCGGUCCCUGCUGGCUGAUAACAUGGCAGCAAGGAUGAGCCUGGAGUCGCAGAGGCGCGAGGAGAUCAUCGUGUACAACCGAGAGAUGAGGGAGAAGGCCACAGCACAGAAAGUCAAGGUGCACGCGCGUCUCCGCAAGGCGAACGAGGAGCUCUACCUCCAGCGCGCGUGGGACUCCGAGAAGGCGGCGGCCGAACGGGCCAAGAGAGCGAUCGAGCUCGGGCUAGUCGCCGCCGUCGCCAACGGCAAGGACAAGAGCAAGAAGAACGGCGGCGACGCUACGGCGGCGGCGGCGGUAGCUAACGGCGGCGGCGGUACUGCUAGCAGCAACGGUUCUCGGGCGGCGUCGCCCGCGCCGGGGGCGGUGCCCGGCGGAGAUGGAGGCGGUGGUGGCGGCAAGGGGAAGGGGAAGGGGAAGAAGGGGAAAGGGAAGGCGGGCGGCGGCGGGGGGGGGGAGGACGGCGAGGACGGGUUGAAGACGCUCAAGACGCAGGGGGGAGGGGUGGUGAAGGUCAACCCCAAGAUUUUCGAGCCGGACAGGGGGCAGCUUUUGUCGGGCAUCGUAGAGGAGACAGCGAAGGAGGCUUGCGGCGGAGACUACAAGCUCAGAUCGAUCGAUAUCCCAGAGGACGACGUCGACCCCUUUGAGGCGGAGCAGCUGGCGGAGGACAAGGCCGCCAAGAAGAUCAUGCUCGAAAACCUCACACGCAUCGAGCUUAUCCAGCGGCGUCGCGAGAAGGACGCGAGGGACAAGGAGCGUAACAAGCGCAGGCAGGAGUGGAAGGAGAGGCGGCUGCAGAGGGCACACCAAGUCAGGGCCUUGCAGUCUUUGAAGUCCGCGACGGCUAAGGGGGAUGUCGAGAGUCUAGAGGAGGCGUUGAAGGAAGGGAGGAAGGUGCUUCUCGAGGAGGAGGAUGACGAUGGAACCAGGUUCUUGUGCCCCGAGAUGCGAGACGCUUACGUGGCGCUGUCUAGCGCCAAGGAGCGCAUGGGGCGAACGGAGAUCCUGCAGAAGUACAAGGGGCUCAUGGCGGAGAAGUUCGUUCGCACGGAGCCCCUGGGGUCCGACAGGGACGGCAGGAGGUACUGGGUCUUCGAGGGGGAUUCGAGGAUUCACGUGGAGGUUAUCACCCGCAGGGAGGGCGUCCCCGCCGUCGAGGACACGCCACCCAAGACGCCCGUAUCCUCGGCGAUCGAGUUGGAGGCCGUCGCGGAUGACGACCACGCCAACGGCACCACCAAGGCCAAGGCCACCGGUAAGGGCAAGACUAAGGCGGAGGAUACCGCUGGCGGCGGUGCUAACGGCACCGGUGCCAGUUCUUCCUCGGACAAGCAGGCCGAGGUGGCGGCAGAGAAGGCGCCACACCCCCCGAUGGAGGUGUACCACCCGGUGUGGUCGGAAUCCGUCUGGAUGUACUACGAUACGCCGGAGGAGUUCCUGAAGCUGAUCGAGAGCUUGGACCCGAGGGGAAAGCGGGAGGCUGACCUCAAGCAGGCGCUGCAGGAGAGAUUCGACAUGUCUGACCUAGAGCGCAACGCCAAGGACAGAGCGAUGUCGAUGUCGGAUGCCGCCCAAAGCGGAGGCAGCAUGACCUGGCGCGAGGAGGGCUCCGAGUACCUCGGCAAGCGCGUGAAGCGGGUUUUCGGCCGGAGGGUUGCCGGCGCCACGGUUACGAAGUGGAUCCCUAAGGAGAGCAACCAGGGGCUGGCGCUGUGGCACCUCCGCCACGACGACGGCGACGAGGAGGAUCUCGAGGAGUUCGAGGUUAAGGAGGGGAUGGCCAUGGCCGAGGCCGAAGAUGCGGCGGCGGCGGCGGCGGGAUCGGGACCCGGGAAUGGCGAUGGCGUGUCGGAGCUCGUCAAGGCCGCGGUGGACGGGAGCUUGACCCAGACCUUCUCUGAGUACAUGAAUCGCCUCAACAAGAUGCAGGCGAUCAAAGAGCGAGAUCUUGGGGUGCCCGCCCUGCAGGAGGCGUUGCUGCACAGGGAAGCGGGAAUGCUCGAUGACAUCAAAGACCGCACCAGGGACUAUGCGAAGGGUUCGAACACCGCCACCCCCCGCGGCGCGUGGUUGCGGCUCGUCAAGGACGCGGCCGGGGUUUCCGACGUGAAGGAGGCGAUUCUGAUGCUGGAGGAGACAUUGCGGGGCCUCCAGGAGGGGGAGGACAAGAUGGAGGGCGGCCGCAUGGAGCUGGAGGCCAAGGGCUGGAAUUUCUCUCCAGAUGCCCACCCCCUCAUCGGCCGCCGCUGCCGCCGCUUCUUUAAGGAAUUCGGCAAGAGCAACUGCACGGUGGCUGCGCACCUUCCGGCAAAGAACGGAGACCCCGAGCUGUGGCACGUGGUCCACGACGACGGAGACGAGGAAGACAUGGAGGACCACGAGGUAGCGAGAGCCAUGAAGUACUUCGACGAGGGGGUCGAGGAGAUGCCAGACGACGACGACGAAAACGAACAAGACGAAGAGGAUGAUGAUGGUUCUCAGGACGAAAGCAACGCCGGUCAGGGAGACGGAGACGGAGACGGGGAGGAAGAGGAGGAGGAGGAGGAAGAGGAGGAGGAAGAGGAGGAGGAGGACGAAGACGGGCCGGAGGCGUCCCCCACUCAGUUCCGCUUGACGCUCUGGGAGAACUGGGGCGCGCGGCAGGGCUGGGUGAAGGCCAUCAAGGCGGCCAAGACGGUGGGGACCCUGGCCCUCGGGUUUCUCACUCUGGUGGAGACGGCCUAUCUCUUUGGCAUCGGCAAGGAAUCCAUGCUGGAAGCCAACCGCUCGCGCGCGCGCAUGGCCAAGGCCUGGGAGACCCCCCGCGGGAAGGGCGGCAAGACCAGUCGGCGAGCCGCCGCCGUUGCCGCGUCCGCGGCCAUCUCCAGCUUCGCCUCGGACAUGGACGUCGACGGAGGCGAUUCGCCCUCGGGGACCGGGGGGAAGAGGAGGAGUUCCAGGGGGGAGAGCAGCGGUGGCGGCGGGUCCGGCGAGAAGCGGCAGAGACGGCCUUGGCCUACCGUGGUGGCCACUCGUCUGCGGUCCAUGACGAUCUCGUGCUGCGACAGUGUAGGCAGCAUCGACGAAACUAUGCAGGGUUCGGUAGGCUUCCUCAAAACAGGCGGCGUGCCGUUCGGUAGCUUACCGAAACUUGCACACGGGCUAUCUGCAGUGUGA